UUGGUCUUUAUGGACCAAUCUCUCUCUCAACAAAACCCACACCUUCCCACGUUAACCAACCAACCGUACCCCAUACUUCAAAAACACAAAACCAACAACCAUAACACAGUCAAAAAAACACAAACAAAGUACAACACAAAAUCUUCAACCAUGAAGAAACAGAAACAGAAGCUUUCACAACAAAACCCAUUUGAAACACUCUCAGAAGAACUCAUAUUCACAAUCCUCGACUUCCUCGAACCAAAAAACAACAACCAAACCUUAAAAUCAUUCUCCUUAACUUGCAAAUAUUUUCACGCGCUUGAAUCAAAACACAGACGCGCUUUGCGCCCUUUACGCGCCGAACAUAUACAACCACUUCUCAAACGUUACACCAACGUAGAAAAUCUCGAUCUCACCUUAUGUCCGCGCGUGAAUGACACGUCCCUUAAUUUAAUCGCUGGAGCGUAUAAUUCUACGCUCCAGCGAUUGAAUUUAUCGCGUUCAAGGUUUUUUACGGGGAAUGGUGUGUUGAAUGUUGCUGUUAGGUGUGUUAAUUUGGUUGAGCUUGAUUUGUCGAACGCGACGGAGUUAAGGGAUGCAGCUAUGGUUGGUGUUGCACGCGCUGUUAAUUUGGAGAGGCUUUGGUUGAAUAGGUGUAAGUUGGUUACAGAUAUGGGGAUUGGUUGUAUUGCUGUUGGAUGUAAGAAGUUGAAGUUGAUUAGUUUGAAGUGGUGUGUUGGUAUUGCUGAUUUAGGUGUUGAUUUACUUGCCAUCAAAUGUAAAGAACUUUGUACUUUGGAUCUCUCUUAUUUGCCGAUCACAGAGAAAUGUCUCUCCUCGAUCUUCAAAUUGCAACAUCUCGAAGAUUUAGUCCUUGAAGGAUGCUUUGGCAUUGGCGAUGACAGCCUCAAUAACGAAGUCUUCAAACAAGGGUGCAAGACAUUAAAGAAACUUGACAUCUCAGGUUGUCAAAAUAUAAGUCAUAUUGGCCUGUCAAAGCUAACAAGCAUUUCUGGAAGUGUCGAACAACUUAUAUUAGCAGAUGGUUCUCCGGUGACUCUUGCUCUUGUUGAUAGUUUAAAUAAACUUUCAAUGCUGCAAUCAAUCAUUUUAGACGGCUGCAAUAUCACCUCUGACGGAUUAAAAGCCAUUGGAAAUUUAUGCAUUUCACUCAGAGAACUGAGCUUAAGCAAAUGUUCAGGAGUGACAGAUGACGCUCUCUCUUUCGUUGUUUCAAAACACAAAGAUUUAAGGAAGCUCGACAUCACAUGCUGCCGCAAGAUAACUGAUGUUUCGAUUGCGAGCAUUGCAAAUGCAUGCAGAAGUCUCACUUCUCUCAAGAUGGAGUCGUGUACGCUAGUUUCAUCGGAAGCGUAUAUAUUGAUUGGACAGAAAUGCCAUUAUCUUGAAGAGCUUGAUCUCACAGAUAAUGAAAUUGAUGAUGAAGGCCUUGAGUCAAUAUCUCGUUGCUCGAGGCUCUCCAGCCUGAAACUAGGAAUCUGCCUGAACAUAACUGAUAAAGGAGUGGCCAAUGUUGGCAUGUGUUGCUCAAAGUUAAAGGAACUGGAUCUUUACAGAUGCACAGGGGUAACAGAUUUGGGAAUCUCAGCAAUUGCUUCUGGUUGCCCUAGCCUUCAGAUGAUAAAUGCUGCUUAUUGCACUAGCAUUACUGAUAGGGCAUUAUUCAGCUUGUCAAAAUGUGUAAAUUUGCAGACACUUGAAAUUCGAGGAUGUUUUCUUGUUACAUCGUUUGGUUUGACAUGUAUUGCAAUGAAUUGCAAACAACUAAGCCGCUUAGACCUAAAAAAGUGUUAUAACAUCGAUGAUAGUGGUAUGGUUCCACUAGCCCAUUUCUCGCAAAAUCUAAGACAGAUAAACUUGUCCUAUACCUCAGUUACCGAUGUAGGGCUUCUGUCACUUGCCGGUAUCAGUUGCCUUCAAAAUUUCACCCUGCUUCACCUGCAGGGCGUGGCUCCACAAGGACUUGCAGCGGCCUUAUUAGCAUGCGGAGGGCUAACAAAAGCAAAGCUUCAUGUUAAACUAAGAUCUCUAUUACCCAAGCUUCUCAUCAAACAUGUAGAAGCACGUGGAUGUGUGUUUGAAUGGAGAGAUAAAGAGUUUCAGGCUGAAUUGGACCCAAGGUGUUGGAAAUUACAGUUAGAAGAUCUGAUGCAUUAGGAUUUUCUCAUGUUAUCUGAAGUUGAUAAAGAUGACAUUACGUAAGAUAUCCAUGUUAAUGAAGAAUCUCAAUUCUCUCAGAUGUAAUAAGCAUCAAUGUGAUUCAUUCACUUCUCUCUACACUUCCAUUUAUACUAGAGGAAGAAAAACAAUAAAAGAAAAGGGCAUCAAAGAUGUUAGAAGUAGUUUGUUUUGUCCAUUGAUGGAGGUUUACCAAAAGUACAACAGCAACAACAAUGAAGCCUUAUCCCACCAAGUGGGGUAGGCUAUGGAGGCAACCUAAUAGCCUUCUGUAAGUCGGACAUCGACCAAGAACUUGUGUUUCGGAUUCUCGCAUUAAAACUCACAAGUAUUUGUUAUCCUUGGUAGAAUGUUGAAUCCCUUUUUUUGUGUGAGAAGCUAGGUCAAUCAAGUGUAUAAAAAAACUUUGUAAUCCCUUUUGGUUAUUCUUCAUUUUUUUAGGGUCCUGCUUAAAGCAAAAGGGUAUCAAGUGUAUAAAGCUUGUAAUGUGUACUUUCAUAUUUUGUUUUACCCCUCCUAUUUGUACUCUUAUGUCAAGAAUAUAAGAUGUUUCACAUAUUUGAGAAAUGCCAUUAUUUUUUGUUACA